CUCCACGAAGGGGUAUUUUUCGAAACAUGCAGACACCCACGCUUGAGUCAAUGAACUGGAUAUUUCAUCCAGAGCACCUAUCUAUCCUUCCCCUCCAAUAGUAAACUGUUGCAGUAAGCAUAAAUGCCUUUGUUGGGUGUCAACGAACUUGACGACCAUGGGGAACUUAAGGUUAUCGACUCCCUUGUUCAAGUCACUUCCCCGACACCAAGUCCAAUGCAAGCAAUGCUUCGAAUUGUGGGAAGGAAUGAAGCCCUUCAUCCUCGUCCCGACCCAAUUCCCACACUCGAAGCUGCUGUUCUGAAAGUUCUGGGGCUGCUCAUGACCAGCCUGUUGGGCACUGUCACCUCCACUCUUUUUUUUAAAGCUAGAGGGGGCUAAUUAGACUAAAUUAGGUUCUCGUUCAUGGUCACUGAUCUCCGCGUAGUCAUGCCACGUCAACUUAGCUCUGCCCUAGGUUAAGGCUGGAGCUUGACUUUACUUGAGACAGUAACCCUUUCAAGAAGAGCAAUCGUAGAGCCAUGGGUGAACAGGUCUUCUAACAGGGUUCCCCACAUGCUCCUCGUCGACCAACACUAGGUGCUGAUGUACGCAUUUAGGGCACAUGGAAAAGGUCCUUCACAUGAACACCAACAUUCAUAUCUUGUUAAUGUACA